AGCCAGUGGCAGUAUAGUGGAGCAGCAGUAGCGCAAUCAGCAAAAACAUUUUCACUUAAAACUCCUUCGCCAACAAAAUGUUUAGGUACACCGCAUUCUUCGCGUUAAUAUUCUGCGCCUUCGUGGCCGUAGCUCACGCUGAGCCACCACGUUCCCGUGCAGCACUUCGACGCCCAUCGAGUCGCUUCCUGGCGCGUCAGGAGGCAGAGGUGGCCGAUGACGUAGGAGCUGUAGAUGCCGCGCCACCAACAGCGGAGGAUGAGAAGCCUGCGCCCUAUCCACCAGCAGGUGUGACACCAGCGGUCCCCUUCGAUUUACCAACGGAGACUGAAGCGCCAGUGCCGGAUAAUGUAUACGGCCCACCAGAAGAGGAGCCAACACCCGAUCCAACCUAUGGUCCACCAGAGGAAACUACCACCACCGCCACUGGGAGUGAUUUAGCGUCGCAAAACUUAAUUCAACCGCGUCAAAGGGCAGCAUUAGCCAAGCAACGCAGUUUGGUGCGCUCACAGCCACUCUUGCUGCAAGCUGUGCCCGUUGAAGGCGCGCCUGGUGUUGUGGAGUUGGUGCGUGCCGAGCCGGGUGUUAUUUACAUUUUGAAAUAAACGAAGGAAGGAAAGAGGAGCAGUGAGCUGAAAUGAGCUCGAGGGCAGCGAAGUAUGAUACAAUCAUUUUAUAUUUGUUUUAGUUGGUGUUAAAUUUGUAACUGAUUUUUUACAAAUAAAAAAAACGAUAUGAAUAAAAAUUAUUUUUUA